AUGUGGAGCCGGCUUUCAGGAGAUCAAAUUCGUAUCCUUGACAUUCUUCCCCACGGCGGCACUGACGAUGCAUUACCUAUCUGCUGCGAAAUCGCCAUUGUGGCUCUUUCGCCCAAUCCACAAUACGAGGCCGUAUCCUACUGCUGGGGCGAAUCUAAUGAAACAGUAGAUAUUGAGGUGGCUGGCAACCCUCGAUCUAUUACUACCAACUUGCAUGCUGCUCUUCGCCAUCUCCGGCUACCAGAUAGGAAGCGGUCGGUGUGGAUUGACCAGCUCUGUGUAAACCAAGACGACAACGAGGAAAGACUAUCGCAGGUCCACUUGAUGCAUAAUGUCUACUCACAGUGUAGUCGCUGUCUAGCCUGGUUGGGGGAGAUUGACCCGGAAUUCUCGGUGGCAGAUGCCAAGGCUGCUCUGGACCUGAUCCUUUUUAUCUCAGAUGAAGACGAAAAAUCGCCCAUUCCAAAUUCCAUUUCGUCUGCAGACACUCCCACGUUCAAAGCAUAUCUCCGGGCCUUGGCAUCCGUUGGCUACGCUAAGAACCCAUGGUAG